UUCCGUUGCCUGCGCAUUUCUGCUGCAGCCGGAGACGAGGUUAGUUGUUUGGUGUUGUGCUCUUGGCGGUGGUGUGCUGGGUUGUUUAAAAACCCGCCAAAAAUGACCGAAGACCGAAAGCUGUUCGUCGGCGGCCUUAGCUUUGAUACAGAUGAGCAGGCUCUAGAGGCGGUCUUCUCCAAGUAUGGGGAGGUGGUGGACGCUCGAGUGAUUAAAGACAAGAGCACCAUGACGUCCCGAGGCUUCGGCUUCGUUACCUUCGAGAACCCGGACGACGCCAACGAUGCGCUGCAGGCCCUCAACGGCCACUCCAUCGACGGCCGCCAGAUCCGGGUGGAUCACGCCGAGAAGAAAUCGGGCGAUGGCGGCUACGGAGGCGGCCGUGGGGCGGGUAGCGGUUACCGUCGCGGCGGCGGCUACAACAGCUACGGCGGCGGCUACGGUGGUGGUGGUGGCGGCGGCUACGGCGGCGGCGGCGGAGGCUACAGCAGCUACGGUGGUGGCGGCGGCUACGCCGGAGGCUCCGGUUACAGGCAGUUCGGGAGCAGGGGAGGUGGCGGAUCCCGUGGCGGCAGCGGCUACGAUCGAUACGGCUCCAACAGAUAGGAAGGAGAUCGGAAAAGCUAACAUUUUCCAGGCCGGCAUGAUCAAUCAGAGACCGCUUGCCGUUUCUGAAGGGACUUUUUUUGGGACGAACACUGUCUAAUCUCUUGAAUUCAAUCCUUCUUCCUCGGGACGCUAACUCCCCCGCCCAAUCGCAUAUGCUAUGUCGCAGUUAAAAAAGAUUUUCCAGCCCAGCUGGGGAAUGUGUUCCGAAAUCUCAUUCCUGUUUUGUUCCCGAGUCCCUUUGUUUUCCCCGUCCACAAGGACUACUUUCCAUGUAGCAUGUUUGUUACUUUGCAGCUUAAAACGAUUUUUUACAAAAUAGGGUAAGUUGCUAAUCCAUACAUUACUGCAGCUUGACCUCCGAUUUAGUAUUUUCCUAGUGGCUUGGGGGAUUUUGUAUUUUUGCUGCUCGAUGGUACUGCCCCCACAUUCCAUUUUGUUUUUAGUUCCUCAGGUGCCUUUUGGGUUUUAAAAUGGCGCGUCCACCUUGUGCAGACUCUGGCAGCGUGCUCCAUCACCCCACCCACCCCCGUCCCUUCCCCCCCCACCCCCCCAACUUCCUCGCUGGCCUCAGUAAGAUUUGGCACCGCCAGGGUGCAUGAGCGAGUCGCUUGAUGCGUUCUACAUCGCAAGUUAGAUGUGCGCCAACCUUCGACCGAUUUUGGAACUGGGAUCAUUUUUUGUUUUUACGUCGCCAGUUAUAAUUUGAAGUGGGGAAACACAUCUGCUCGAAUUUACUUUUUUUUGUAAAACAGUAACUUGCAAUGUCGCUACCAAUUUGAGAUUCCGUCCGCGUGAAAUGUUUAACUGUGUUAUUACAGACAAGACCAUGCUUUCAACCCACUGCAGACAAUUAAUCUGUGGGGACACUGGUAGCACGGAUUGAGUUGUGUACUUUUUUGUGGGUGGAAUUUUGCAAUCUGAACUGCUUUCUAUAAUAACGUUGAUUGGUGCCAGCCUAGUUCAGGACACCACUGGUGGUUUUGGCCUCCAUCCAGUAAGAAAUCAGCCUACAGUGAGGUAUUAUGCCAAUCUCUUCUAAUCUAUUCAACAUCCUCCUCUCUAAAUAAAUGUUGAGUUUUUUAAUUGCCUACUGGUAGAAAGUUGAAAGCUGUUUCUAUUGAAUCUGAGUUAGCAUGGACAGUUUUUGUACAAAAAAACUUGCCGCUUUGGAGACUGAUGUCAAAUGGAAAAAUAAAGUUGAAAUAUUCAGUUGA